GCGGCGGCCCUGGGCUUGAGUUUGGCCCGGGUUGGAGCACGUCCCGGCAGCCGCCCGGGCUCUGUCCUGUCCUUCCCCUCUUGUUUCAGCAGUUCGGUCUUGCAGCUCCGGCGAGGGAGAGCAGGGACGGAUCAUCUGUCCGUCUUUGGGAGCUGGCUAGGAGCUGCUCUCUGGCUGCAGGGAGAGAGGCGCUGGACUGCUUCGCUCUGUGCUUCUCGUGUCUUUCCUCCUGCCAUGUUUUCUGAGGGGAAGUAAAAAUCCCGAGGCAGUGCGAGCCCAGUGGAGCAUGACCAAAACCAGGGCAGGCCCAUAAACCCGCAGUUUAGAGAAGCAACUGACUGCUUUGACCACUUGCCUUUGGUCCUGUGACUUACCACGAGAGCUGAAGAUUGCAGGCUGCUUUGAGGCAGCUGCUGAUCUUUGCCACCCUGCUCCAGAGCUGAGCUUCAUGCCGAGACAGAUGUCCUGGCUGGACUCUUUCCAAACUGCCCAGAAGGAGAAGCCUUUCCUUUAUACUUCUGGCUUUCCUGUGCUCAACAGGUCCUUUUUCCCUGGCUUUCACACUCCAGCAACAAAGAGCACCUAUUCUGCAAGGAUUCAGGUUCCUGAGGGUUUCACAGCUGUGAUGAGUGCCACAACCUGGGAGAAAGAGGAGAAGGAUAACACCUUCAUCUUUAAGAUGUCCCAGCCAAUCCCCUCCUACCUGAUUGCUCUGGCCGUUGGGGAUAUUGUUUCUGCUGAAGUCGGCCCAAGGAGCCGUGUCUGGGCUGAGCCUUGCCUGAUCGAGGCUGCUAAGAAGGAAUAUGACGGGGUGAUUGAGGAGUUCCUGGCAGUUGGAGAGAAGCUCUUUGGACCCUAUGUCUGGGGCAGGUACGACAUCCUGUUCAUGCCGCCCUCGUUCCCCUUCGGUGGGAUGGAGAACCCCUGCAUCACCUUUGUGACACCCUGCCUGCUGGCCGGGGACCGUUCCCUGGUGGAUGUCAUCAUCCACGAGAUCUCCCACAGCUGGUUUGGCAACCUGGUCACUAAUGCCACCUGGGGCGAGUUCUGGCUGAACGAGGGCUUCACCAUGUACGCACAGAGGCGGAUUUCCACCGAGGUCUAUGGUUCUGCAUACACCUGCCUGGAGGCUGCGACGGGAAGGGCCCUGCUGCGCCAGCACAUGGACAACACUGGAGAGGAUCAUCUGCUCAACAAGCUCCGGGUGAUAAUCGAGCCAGGUGUCAACCCAGAUGACACGUACAACGAAACGCCCUACGAGAAGGGGUACUGCUUUGUGAGCUACCUGGCACAUCUCGUGGGGGACCAGAGCAAGUUCGAUGCCUUCCUCCAGGCCUACGUGAACCAGUUCAAGUUCCAGAGCAUCAUAGCAGACGAUGCCCUCAACUUCUUCCUGGAGUACUUCCCGGAGCUGAAGAAGAAAGGCGUGGACUCCCUGCCAGGCUUUGAGUUUGAUCGCUGGCUGAACACGCCAGGCUGGCCCCCUUAUCUGCCCGACCUCUCACCGGGGGAGCAGCUGAUGAAGCCGGCAGACGAGCUGGCGGAGCUCUGGGCAGCCGACAGCUUGAACAUGGAGGCGAUCGAAGCAGUGGACAUCUCUGCCUGGAAAACGUACCAGCUGGUCUACUUCCUGGAUCAGAUCCUGCAGAAAUCCCCCCUGCCAGAAGGCAACGUGGAGAGGCUGAGCGAGAUGUACCCAAAGAUCUCCAAGGCCCAGAACGCCGAGCUGCGUCUCCGCUGGUGCCAGAUCGUCCUCAAGAACAACCACGAGUCCGAGUACAGCAAGGUCAAGGACUUCCUCCACAGCCAGGGGAAGCAGAAGUACACCCUGCCCAUCUACCGCGCCAUGUGGAGUGGGUCAGAGUCAGCCCGGGCACUGGCCAUGGAGACCUUCUCGGCUACAGCCUCCCAGCUCCACGUCAAUGUCCAGAACUACGUCAAGAAGAUCCUGGGCUUGGAGGCGGCAGAGAAUUAGUGACUGCUGCAGCCUUGGCUCUACUCCUUCUGUGGCGCCUUUCCCAGCAGAGCUGUGCUAUGGAGCCCUCCGGGGGCAGAACCUCAGAAAUCUCACUCAUUGCAUAAAUUUCCUUAUUAAAGGUUGUAAUUUGUGCUCUU